GAGUAGACGUCACGUCAUCAUAAUUAUUUUCUUUCACAAAAUCUUUUUCACGGGAAGUAAGUGAUCCAUGCAGUCGAUCUAUUGUGCUAAGUUGUAAAAAAGUAGAGCAGCCAGGAUACGCGUGCACUGGGGUGGCCAUAUUGGUUAGCGGCUCUUCUGCAGAUUUUCUGGGCGGUUGACGCGAGGUUAUAAACGUGGAAAGUCGGCAGUGAGUGACUUGGCUCUCUGUGCACAUACUAAUCAUGGUGUCGAAGCUUACUGCAGUUGUGGCCGUGUUCGUUCUCUGUCUCAUGGUGGUUGCUGCUGAGCAUCCUGGUCAUGAUGCCCUUUGCCCCUCAACGGAAAUGACGUCAGGUCCGCCCAUAGCUGACACGCUGGUGACCUCACACCUAACGGUCGACGGCUCUGGGAUUGAACUGUGCAGCAUGGAGUACAGGGUACCAGCCAAAGCCACGAUGUACCAGGGAAUGCUGGCUGCCAGCCAGCAACACGGCAACAGUUUCAAGUUUGAAUCCGAAGCUCAUCCAAUGUGGGGACACUUCGUUAGUUCCAUCAACGACGUCGGUUCAGAGGGAGGUUUCUAUUGGUUUAUAUUCGACAAGGAUACGCUAAAGACUACGCCCGUCGGUGUUGAUUUCAUCGACAUUGCUGAUAAUAGUUCAUAUAUUUGGCACUAUUCCAACAGUUCUCAACCUAAUACAACUUAUUCUGGACCAUGUGUUGGUUCGUCUGUCAUUCCUCCACCCAUGCCUCUGACCUUCAAGGUCGGGUACCUGAGCGUCUCCAGCGCCAACACUGACCUCUUCGCUGUGUGUAAACAGCCCGUCCUGCUUCCGACCACUCCGACGACAGUCUACGCACUGGUCGAUUUGGCCAAUGACCAAAUACCCUUAUUCGUGCAGGCCGUGUUGCAUGCCCCCCAAAAGACUGUGACGUCACUGGAUGGAUUAGCCAAUGACGAUCGCUACGCGUGGACUGGUUACCGAGCAGGCAGCAAUGAAAAGAUUCCGUAUGAUCUUUCACUAACAGCUAUAUCCGACGGUGAUCACAUCGAGUUCAGAUACGAUGAACGCUCUGAACCCAUGAUUCCUGCAGAUAACGGAGACCUUUGCCCCGGGGAAGAGUUGACUUCCGGUCCGACCAUAACCGACACGCUGGUGACCUCAUACCUGUCGGUAGACGGCGGUGGGACUGUCCAGUGCAGCAUGAAGUACAGGGUACCAGCCAAAUCCACGGUGUACCAGGGAAUGCUGGCUGCCAGUCAGCAACACGGCAACGGUUUUGAAUUUGAAUCCACCUUGUACGCAAAGUUUGGACACUUCAUCACCUCGAUCAACAGCGUGGCACCGAUGGGUGGUUCCUAUUGGCUCAUUUUCGACGACGUCACUAAGAUGCUUACCCCAGUAGGGGUCGACUCCAUCCACGUCAAGAAUGGUAGUUCCUACAUCUGGCACUACACUAACGAUACCGGCCACAAUGUGACCUACAGAGGACCAUGUGUUGGUUCGUCCUUCAUUCCUCCAACCAUUCCACUCACCUACAAGGUCGUGUACCUGACCAUCUCAGGCGCAAAUGUACACCAAACCACCAACGACACCUUCAAGCGUGUCUGCAAGCAGACGGUGUUGAUUCCGUCUAAGGAAACUAGCGUGUUCAGACUCCUGGAAAUAGCCAAUAGUCAGAUACCCAUAACUGUAAAAGCUGAACUGGAUUUGCAAGGCAGUUCUGUGAGGUCAUUUAACGGUGUGUCCAUGCGCAGGAGCUACCGAUGGAUUGGCUUCAAAGCAGGGAUGGACGGGCCGAUCCCUUACGAUCUGUCUAUGUCGACUGUUACCGACGGGGAUCACAUCGAAUUCAGAUACGAGGAGGUCGAGAUCGUGACUGGGCCGCGCGGUGGGGCGUCCUCUGCUGGCCAGUCCGUUGCCCUCGUAACUCUGGCAGUGCUGCUGGUUAAUGUAGUGACGUCAUUGUAAAUAUCCAUGAUACGCAAAUAACAAUAGUCUCCGAGUCGAUGAAUUUAAGGAAAUGGAAGAGUGUGUCUAUGUAUAAUGGUUUGCCAUUUUUUGGUGAGAGGUUGAUGUGAAUAGUUUUACUUAUUUAGCUGAAAUUAUGUCUGACAAUUUGAACCAGAAGUAACUUAAACUAUCAUAAUCGGUAUAUUGUUUUGCUGAAAUGAGAACAGAUGGGCGCAAGAAUAAGCCCGUGACAAAGUAACAUUUGAUGAAGUUAUUUUCCGCAUUUAAAGAAUAAAACUUCACCGACUUACUUGAGUAGAAUAACUCUAGUCAUCGAUAUCUUUUUACGAACUUUAUUCUGACCCAAUUUUCAUCACAACUAUAAUUUGAUUAUUCUUAUUUGAUUAUUAUUAUUGAUUAUUGAUGUUUUUAUGCGAAUUAAAAUAAACCGGUGUGGGGGGUACUUUCUGUUUAUUUCUUUUAGAAUUUUUUUCGAAUUACGUAUAAAAAAGUGAGAAUUUACAUUCAUAAUUAAAGAGGUCACUGUAAUAUUGGUCUUGCGAAAAUAACUUAAAGCUGUUUCGUCUUCGAACUCAUUUUAUAUUGAUGUUGACCAAAUUCGUUGGGUACAAAAUAAAAGAAAUCAAUUCUCAAUUUACAUUAUACCAAGCAUUUUAUAAAGGUUUGCAAAA